CACUUAGCUCCGUAUAAAACAGUGAUUAAAAUUAUUAAAUCUAGAAUUUCCCACAAUAUAAAGUGAUUAUUUUGUUCGUAACAGUGUAAUACAUCUCAUAAAGUAUCAAAAAGUCAUUAAAUAAAGAUAUCGUGCAAAUAAAUACCCUAAAACGAGUGGUCUGUACUUACUGGAUUAUAGUGACUAUUAUAUAAUUUAAAUGUAAACAACACUGUUCAUCAACUGUUAUUUAAACACAAACUAUCAUUGUGAACACAAAUUAUAUACUUUUGGAACGUUUUAAUGAAGUUACAACAACACUAACGCUAAGAAAAACGCAAGUUUAAAGUGUAACUGUCACCCACCCGCAAUUCGCAAAACGGCGGUCAAUCAGCUGACGAGUGUAGGCAGCGCAUAGUACCGUGUGCAAGCGAUUCUCGCGGUUGCGUACACGGCACAAGUACCAUUUUCGGGCGUCGUGCGCCGCGCUGCGUGUCUCACUCGCUAUACGAACGUCUCCGCGGCAAACGAAUCGACGUUUUAUCUAAGACUAGCGGUUGCCUGGGACUGCGCCCGCGGAGGUGAAUAAUUGGACCUGUUAGAGUUUUUUAUUAUAACUAUAGAUUCUUAGAAGCUAAAAAUGGAAAAUCAAUUCCAAAUUUUAUUUGAAAAAAUGAAAAAUGAAAUGCGAAACCAAACAGACGAAUUAAAAGAAUCUAUAUUAGAGAAAUUAGACGAAAAACUACAACCAAUUAUAGCAGAAAAUAAAAACUUGAAAACAAAAUUGGAUAAUCUUGAGAAAGAAAUAGAAAGCCUGAAAAGAGGGAAAAAGCAAAAUAACUUAAUAAUUUACGGAGUUAAAGAAGAUGAAAAAUCUACGCCAGAAAUAAUACAGAAAGUGAAGGAAAUCUUCAAAGCCGACUUAGACCUACAUUUUGAAGACUAUGAGGUAAAUAAAAUUUAUCGAAUUGGAAAUAAACAAAGCUCAUGUAAAAAACCUAGACCUAUCCUAUUUUCCUUUGUAAAUGAAUGGAAGAAAAGCGAAGUAAUGAAAAGAAAGAAAAGUUUUAAAGAUGUAUAUGUGUCAGAAGACUAUAGUAAGGAAGUUUUAGAAAAGAGGAAAAUGUUGCAGUCGCAACUGAAAGAGGAGAGGAAUAAAGGAAACAUCGCAUAUUUAAAAUUCGACAAACUAAUAAUUAGAGAGAAAGUUGAUAACACAAAAAAUGAAAAAAGAAAAAGAGAAAUGUCAACAUCACCGCAACAAAAUACACAACCAAGAAAACAACAAUAUAUGAAACCAUCCAACAAACUGAAUGCUUAUGAUUUGAUGAAGAUUAGAUCUAACUCCCUUCCUUCGAAUACGAGUAGAAAUACAACAACCAAUAAGCAAUGAAAACUAACUACCUAUGAACUGAAACUACCGGAUAACAAUAAAAAACUAAAAUUAAGAUACACGAACUCACAUCUUCCAAGACGGUUGGUCACCGAGGAAGAUUAUGACCACUACCUUCCAAAGGAGAUAAAUUCAAAUAUAUGUAUAUAAAAAAAAAAUCUCGAAAACCAUGAAACAAAAAUAAUUAUACCUUUCGUUCACAUGAACGAAUAGGUAACAAAAUGGCGAGGACCGCCAGGCAAUCCAAUCCAGACAAUCUGACAAACUGCUGUUGUAUAGGUAGACCCUACAUACGCUGGAACCGCAAUGGAAACAAAGUUAUUAAAAAUAGCAAUCCUUGGAAGAGGCCUUCACCUGAGAGGGGUUCCUAAUAGUAUAAAUAUAAAUAAGUUAAAUAUGGUACAUUGUAAAUAUUUUCCUUUCUUUGUCUGUUUAAAAAAAUCUUUAUUUAAAAUAACGUACCAGUUUGUAAAAUCUAUUUAGGAAAUAAAAGGCUUUUUUAUUUUUUUAUUUAUUUAUUUUUAAUUGAAAACUCUUUGGUUUUGAAAAUCGAAUGCCAUUUAUUUAUUUUUUAAUUAAAAAAAUAUUCUCGGUCUUGUCACAAGGUUUUGUCAAACUUGUUUAGUCGUUGAUAAAAUGGAAUUGACUCGAGAAAAUUUAAGAGCGAUGAUUUAUUAUGACUUUCGAAGUGGUUUAUCACAAAAACAGUGUGUUGACCGGAAGAUUUCUGCAUUUGGUGAUGA